GCAAUGUCGUCGGGAAGUUGGUGAAGCCUGCACAGCCUCCUAAGGGAGGAGCUUUAGGAGGCACGACGGCGCAAGUGGUUGAGAAAACGCACAACCUGCUGUUGGCCGAUGCGAUCGACUAUGAGGAGCCAGCGCUCAGAACGGAUUCAGGAGCGCAACAUCAGUACGG